AUGUCUGAACGUCCAAACGUCUCCGGCGACCUCAUCUGGGAGGUUGUCCGAAACAACAAUGCGUUCCUGGUCAAGAGGAAGUCUGGUGGUGGUGUUCAGUUCUCCCGAGACCCCUUCAACAUCGUCAACAAGCACUCGAGAAAACACGCCGGCUUCGUGAACGACAAGGCCGUUUCGAUCCAACCCAAUGAGAAGGGAGGUGUCACGUUGGUGACCAAGAAGUCCGGAUCGUCCAACAAGCCUGCAUCAAACUACAACACUCAUGCCUUUGGCAAGACCACCUCGAACAGAAAGAUCUACAAGAGCGUGGCAGACGCAGUCGGCAAGCGAUCAUACCGUGGCGACUUGAACAAAGACGCUGUUUCCCGUGCCAGUGCCAUCAAAAACUCGCAGCGACCGAAGAAGGACACUCCGGAGAAGAAGCCCCGUGGGGUCAAGGCGCGAAAGACAGAGGCAUAA